AGCAAAAGAAGCUAAUGGAUGGCCAAACAAUAUAAGAGUAGCAAUUACAGCAGAAAUGUUAAAGGAAGAAGCAGCUGACUGGUACAAUCUAGUAAGCGCUACAAUUAACAGAUGGGAUGGAGAUGUAAACACAGGAUUUAGGAAAAGAUUCCUAGCACGUUUCUCAUCACAAGAAAAAUUACAUAGAUGGCAAUAUGAACUAAUAAACCUGAAAUAA